ACAAUGUAUCUCGCAUGCUUGGAAGAGUGGGUCGCGAGGAGCAAGAAAGAAGAUUCUGGUUGCUAUUUAUCGACGACCCGAAGACCCGGACAGGCGUCGGCUCGGUUACAACGGCCAGGGCAACAAAGGGUGCCGCAUUGCCGAAACGGCCGAUACCCGGUCCCCACCGCAUAUAAGGCCCUCUCUCCCCGCAUCUCUUGGCUGCUCCUCACUCACAUCACAGCACAAUGGCAGCAUCCGAAGAGCACUGGGACGGCGAGGCGUACAAGGAGCGACCGGGAACCCGCGAGAUGGCCAAGGUCAACGGCGAGACCAAUGUCCCCAAGGCGCUCGCGGCGGCCGGCAUCGACCCGAAGUCGUUCAAGUCGCUGCACCUGCUCGAGGUCGGUGCGGGCGUCGGCACAGUCACGCCGUAUCUCGCGGACAUGUUCGCAAGCGUGCAUGCGCUCGAGCCCAGCCCGUCGAUGCUGGCCCAGCUCGCCAAGGAGCCCGUCGCGACCCGCGACAACGUGACCUAUUCGCAGCACCCGGUCACCCCGUCUACUGGCGCCGAGUUCGCGACCCCGCUCCUCUCGCCCACGCCGGCCGACCACGAGCGCAAGCUUGUCCCCCCACGUGCUCAGUUCGACGUCGCGAUCUGCACGCUCGUGGUUCACCACGUCGACGACUUUGCGCCCUUCUUUGCCGGCGUGCUCUCGCUCCUCAAGCCUGGCGGCCUCUUCGUCGCCAUCGAGUUCAGGAAAGACGACGACGGCCACGACUUGUCCAAGCAGUACCAUCUGGAAGUGGCGCCCGAGCUCACGCCGGUCUCGGACGACGACUUCAAGUUCCCGAACGACAACCACUUCCGCACGGCCUACUCGCACGAGUCGCUCGGCGCCUUGUUCAAGAAGAACGGGUACGUCGACGUCGGCGCGACCGACGUCGACAGCUGCCAGGCGUUCGGGUACGACGGCCGCAAGGCCGUUCCUGCUAUUGCGGCGUGGGGAAGGAAGCCGGAAUAGAUUGAGGACAUAUCUAGAAAUACAAGACUUGCACGCGAGAUGAAUCACAGGCGAUACCCAGGA